GCAGCAUUAAAGCCCCUCAAACAGUGGCUCUGAACUGGAAACAGUAAAAGAGAGAUCUAAUUAAGAUGAAGAGAGUGGGCCGCUCUGCGAAUUUGUCGCUUUCAAGCAGGCCAGACUUUAAAAUCCUGCCACUGAAACGAGAUAAAAACCCAGCAGGGAUGUCUGUUUCUGUACAUUUGAAUGAAAGUUAACUGUAAAAAGAAAGGGCAGCAGCCUUCUGCAUUGUAGCUCUGUCCGGACGACUGAAACUUCUGGACUGGGAGGAGAGCUUCAGUUGGAUCUACUAAUCUUAUUUGAAACUUGAUGGGAUAUGAGGCAACAUAGAGACAAAGAGUAAAAAAUGAGGUUACCUGGCGAACAAAAAAUUAUUGAUCAAAAAGCACCCUGGAAUACUACUCGAACAAUGACAUCUUCCUUCAUGAUCAAAUGAGAAGCAUGAAAUGACUGUGGGACCCUAUAAGGAUUGGCCAUGGCUGCCCAUCGAAUCAUCAGUAUGACCAGCAACAAUCACUUCCUCCCUCGUUGCAAGUCUGAGGGAAUGCUUGUGGAUCUCAGCGAGGGGAGGCCAGCCAGCCUUCCUCAAGUCAGAGUGCCUUCUCCGAGUGCCAUAAAGCUGGAUACAUUGGCCUCCUAUGGGGCAGCACAGGAAGUCGUCGCAAUCAAGGAUUAUUUCCCUAGAAGUUUAACUACUCUGAAAAUUAACAAAGGUGAUCGACUUUUUGUUCUGGACACAUCAGACUGCGAGUGGUGGUACGUGCACAAUAACAGAGAGAUGGGAUACAUCCCUGCAUCUUGUGUCCAAUUACUUAAGUUCAGGAAUUGUUCGCUCAGUGACAGUGGAAUGAUUGACAGUCCCGGAGAUGAAGAAGAAGGCCUGAAGGAGUUUGAAGGGUUAAGCGAGUGGACAGGUGUGACUUUAAAAUCUUUCCCUACAAACUACAACUACCUCUUUUCUGAUAGUCCUUUAAUUCAUCCAUUGGAUCAGCAUUGCAAAGGACCAAUUUUACCAAAUUCAUCUGAUAUGAUUCUUUGUGACUCAUUUGAAUAUCAAAGCAACAACAACUUUGACGCUACGACUAUCAAGUUUAAUGGCCAAAGCAGUUUUCCCAACAAAGAAGCAGUGCAGCAUCUCCACAAGGAAAACCCUCUCUUAAGCAGUAAACGUUCCCAGAGUCUUUCCCAACUAGCUGUUCUAAAAGCACAAUCAAAUCCAAACAUCCCAUCAUCUAGUUUCUUUACAGGCCUGAAGGCACCUUCACCUGAACAGUUUCAGAGCCGUGAGGACUUCAGAACAGCGUGGCUGAACCACCGAAAGUUGGCCAGGUCGUGCCAUGACAUAGAAUCAUUGGGCCAAAGUCCCGGGUGGGGUCAGACUCAACCAAUGGAGACCAGCAUUUUAUGUCGAUUAGAUAGCAAUGGAGGUGUGAUCCAGCUCCCAGACACCAACAUCACCAUGCACAUUCCUGAAGGUCACAUUUGCCAAGGCGACCACCAGCAGAUCUCCAUGAGAGCCUUACUGGAUCUUCCUCUAGAGCUCAACAAUGAUCGUUGCUCCACUGUCAGCCCUGUGGUGGAGAUCAAGCUCAGUAAUAUGGAGACUAAGUCUUUCGUCACUUUGGAGAUUAAAGUAUCAGUCAUGAUCAAGAAGGAGUGUGGUAAUUCUGCUGAGGUGCUCUGUGUUCGGAGCAAUUGCAAAGAUGGGCCUUAUACGCCAGUUCCUGGCUGCUACAUUUAUAACGACAUGGUCCAAGUGCGUCUGGACAGUCUUGAGCCGUGCAUGUACGUAGCAGUUGUGGUUCAGUCACUGUAUAUCAGUCACAGUGUGACUGUGUGGGAUCACACACAUAGGAAGAUAACACUUGGUGUUUAUGGACCAAAGCACAUCCACCCUUCCUUUAAGACAGUCGUGGCCACGUUUGGGCAUGACUAUGCGCCCAAGACCUUGCUGGUGAGCGAGGUGGGUCACUCAUCUUACUCCACCCCACCAGUUACCCUCCAGUUGUGGGGAAAACAAAACUUUAUCUUGGAGUUGCCCCAGGACCUUCAUGUGGAGCUGUACCCCAAUGUAUCCAACUAUCAGGUAGAAGCCAGCGAAGGUGCUGGUAUGAUCCAGGGAUUCCAACUUAGAUUGGGCAAGGUCAGCCGACUCAUCUAUAUGAUGUCAUCGCUUGACCCUAAUAACAUCUCAGAUUUCACUCUCAGGGUGCAAGUCAAGGACACACUGAAUUGCAUCCUCACCCAAUUCUGCGUGCAAUCACCACAACCACUGCCAAAGUCUGGAGUGAGGAUGACCGGCCAGAGGAGAUUCUUGAAGAAAAGAGAGGUGGACAUGAUCACCCUGUCGCCAUUGGCUGUUACCUCUAAAUACCCGAAAUUUCAGGACCGCUGUAUUACCAGCCUGAAAUUUGGCAAGCUGAUAAAAACUGUAAUCCGGCAGCACAAGAGCAAUUACCUGUUGGAGUACAAGAAGGGGGAUGUAAUUGCUUUGCUCACUGAGGAGAAAAUUAAGCUAAGAGGGCAGUUGCGCACAAAAGAGUGGUACAUCGGAUACUAUCAGGGGAAAAUGGGGCUGGUCCACACCAAGAAUGUUUUGGUUUUGGGGAAGGUCAAACCCAUUUAUUGGUGUGGGCCAGACCUGACGACGAUGACGCUGCUGGAGCAAAUCCUUAAGCCGUGCAAAUUUCUUACAUAUGUUUAUGCCACUGUUAGAACAGUUCUGAUGGAGAAUGUGGGAAACUGGAGAGCAUUUGCUGAUGCGCUGGGCUAUGGGAACUUGUCACUCAACUACUUCUGUCGAACUGAGCUUGACAAUGAGCCUGAAAAGGUUGCAUGUGUUCUGGAAAAACUCAAAGAAGAGUGUACUUGUAUGGAGAAUAAGGAGAGAAAGUCGUUCCAGAGGGAGCUCAUGAUGGCCUUGCUCAAGAUGGACUGCCAGGGUCUGGUUGCCAGAUUGGUUCUGGACUUUGUCCUUCUGACUACGGCAGUGGAGGUGGCAUCCCGCUGGAGGGAACUUGCAGAAAAACUGGCCACGGUAUCCAGACAGCAGAUGGAGGCUUACGAGGCACCGCAUCGUGAUAAAAGUGGCGUGCUGGACAAUGAGUCGAUGUGGAAACCAGCAUACGACUUCCUGUUGACUUGGGCAGCGCACGUAGGGGACAGCUACCGCGAUGUCAUCCAGGAGCUCCACAUGGGCCUGGACAAAAUGAGGAAUCCCAUCACUAAGAGGUGGAAGCACCUGACUGGUACACUCAUCCUUGUCAACUGCCUCGACAUCCUGCGGAGUGCUGCCUUCUGUCCUACUGGCUACGGCGAUUUUGCCAUAUGAGUUGCAAUUAUUUUUACAAGUGACCAGUUCCUUUUAAAAAAUGUCUCUCCCUUACUCAUGAUCUCUUCCACCAGUACAGUAUUUGUUUUUUGUUUAGUAUUAACACUUUACUGUAUGCCAGGGGUGCCCAAACUAUUUCACUUAGGGACGCAGUGGGUGCUGGAUUUCUUUCCAACAAAACAGGACGACACCUUUGCAUGAAUCUGGUGUCUUACAAGUAUAAUCAGUUGAUUGUAGGCAGGUGGUACUUGUUUUAGCAGAAACCUCAUUGGUUAAAUGGUCUGCAUGUGCUCGAUCGGUAGAAACAGAAACUACGACCAACAGAGGUCCUUGAGGACAGGUUUGGACACCCCUGCUUUAUGCCCAAAUUGUUCUAACUUUUCCUCUGAGGGCAAGGAUACACUGUAACUCUGAAAUGUUGUACUUUAAUUUAUCUAACAUCUUAAAGCCAAUCCAUGAAGCAAAUAUUCAAUGAGCCCUAAAACAGGCCUUAAUACCAUAGGCAUAAACCACACAGUUGGAGAAGCAGAUAAUACAAGAAUGACUUUGAGGAAAAAACAAACAAACAAACAAACAAACAAACAAACAAACAAACAAACAAA